AUGCAAAUCUUCCUCAAACUACCUAAAGAGAUAUUAUCAUUAAUCUUAAACCACAUUAAGGAUAAAUCCGUAAUUGAAAGCUUGACAUGUAUUCCAGGUUUGCAAGAAAUUGCUUUAAAACGAAUAUAUUCAAAAUUCAAAAUAAAUAAUAACAACAAAUCAAUCAAAAGAUUAAUAAAGCUUUUUCAAGAGUUUCAUUUCAUGCCUUCAAUAAUAGUGGGGAAUGUGAAACAAAUUAAUCAAUUAAUAGUUGAACCUGCAUUUAAAUCAACCAAAUAUGAAGUAAAGAUCUUACAGAGUACUAGACUUAAUGCUUUUAUAUCAAUUUUUAAUAAAGUUCAUGUUAUAGGUAUACAUUUGGAUCAAUAUUUAGAAACUUUAAUUAGCAUAGACAGAAAGAGUGAAAUCAAAUCAAUUUUGUAUUAUAUUGGAGGUAAUAAUUUUAAAUCUUUAACUGCAUCUCAUUUGAAUACAUAUGAAGUUCAAUUUCCAAACUCAUUAAAACAAUUAACCAUUAGUGGAGGUCGUAAUAUUGCAUUAGAUUUGAGUAAUUUAAUACACCUCGAAACGUUUAAUUGCAAAAAUCUUCUCGAGAUAAAUUCGUUAGAAGAUCUUAAACUUCCAACAUCUAUCAAAAAGUUAAGAAUCUAUUCUUGUGAUUUUAAAAGUUUAGGUACAUUAAUCAAGUAUGACAAACUAAAUUUACUUCAAAUAUUUUAUUGUUCCGAAAUUUAUGACAUAAAUCAACUGCAAUUCCCUGAUUCGUUGAAAAUUUUGAAUUUUGUCCCCUACUUCGAUUCUACUGAAAUAUAUGAGAUGGUGGAGGAAGAACAAUUGCUUAAUCCGGUAUAUUUUGAUGAUUUAUUACGGGUCAUUAUGGAUUGUUUUCCUCCAAAAUUAGAAAAAUUAAAAAUUUGUGAUACUAUGCUGACUCUAGCAAUAGGAGAUGUCGAAAUAUCAAGAACACUUGAUUGUUUAGAGUUAAAUUGUAUUGAAAACAUUAAGUCGUUCAAGUUUUUGACAAGUAUACGGAAUAGAAUGUCUGAAAUCAUUAUUACAAAUUGUGAAAUUGAAAGUUGGGACGAUAAUGUUUUAUUUCCUGAGCUGAAACAUAUCAAGUUUGCUAAAAACGAAAUUCGUUUCGAACGUUUCAGAUCAAACUUAAAAGACUUGAAAUCAUUAGAAGUGUUAGAUUUUUCAGACAAUGUUUGGUUAGGUUAUAGUUCUCACGAGGUGGGCGUUGAUCCGCUUGAAAUAACUGGAUUAUGUUUCAAAACACCUGAAUUACAAAGCUUAAUUUUAAAGUGUCCAGGGCCAUCAGAUUGCUAUUAUUAUGUGUCUCCGUCAAUAGUAUCAUCUGAUUGUAAAAAUUUGACCAAAAUAGAACUUAUAAAUUUGAAUAUAGAGUACUUGGAGCUUUAUCAUUUUCCCAAUUCAUUGGAAGAAAUGGUUGUUAGGGAUUUGAAAUUAAGAGGAAUUUCAUACAGUAUUUACGAUUUUCGCAAUUUUUCCAAUUUGAAUAAGUUGAAGAUUUUAGAUCUACAAAAUAAUCAAAUUACUUAUUCAAUAUUGAAACAUCAAAUAUUUCCAUCAAGCUUAAUUUAUUUAAAUUUAUCAAACAAUCCAAUUGGGGAUUUAAGUUGUUUACAUUUAGGCUAUUGUAUAAAUUUGAAAGAUUUGAUUUUGAAAAAAGUAACUGCAAAAGAUGAACCAAAAGGUACUAUUCCAGUGAUGGAAUUAUUCUUAAUUCCCGAUGCUGGUGUUAAAGCUAAUGUGAUAUUAACAAAUUAUGAUUCAAAAGUGAUUUUCAAAAUAGUCAAUGGAGUUGAAGAAGAAUCAAUUUUAAAAGCUAAAUCUAAGAAAAGAAAAAUAUGUUAA